AUGAAUAGGACUUUAGACUUGAGUGAUGGUAGUGACAUAGAAGUUGAUAGUGAUGCAGAUGAUGUGAACUUGUUAGGUACAAACCUGGAAGACGUCGAUAGAGAUCGUAACAACAACGAAACAUUGAAUGAUGACAUUUGGUUGAGGUUUUUUGAUGACGAUCAAGACUACCAGGAUGAUUUCGAGGGGUUUCAAAAUGAUUGGGUGACGGAGAUGUUCAGCCCAAGGUUGCCCAACGGGUAUACUAAGCGUGGUGGUCCAGCAGAACUUCACCCUGAGGAAGCCAGGCCAGCACACUACUUUGACUUGUUAUGGGGCCAAGAUUUCUGGGACAUAUUGGUUGAGGAAACUAACCGCUACGCUGACCAACAGCGAGCUGAAAAUCCCCCAUCCAGGUUUGCACCAAAGUGGACUCCAGUUGACAAACCCACCAUGAAGGCAUUUGUUGGCUUGACAUUUGUAAUGGGCAUCCUCAGGCUGCCAGCAAGGAAUGACUUCUGGCGAACCAGCAAGAGGAUGUUUACAACCUCUUUCAACAGCAUCAUGCCGAGGGAUCGCUUCAACCUCAUCUGGCACUACCUUCACCUGACGGACAACCAGCAACCACAAGAAACUCCUGACAAAUUGCGAAAGAUAAGACCUAUGAUGACCUACCUAAACGACAAAUUCAUGAAUGCAUACACACCCUAUGGAAAUGUGACAGUUGAUGAGAGUAUGGUCAAGUUCAAGGGACGUUUGGGGUUUCGCCAGUACCUUCCGUCAAAGCCAAUCAAGUGGGGAAUUAAACUUUGGGCCCUGGCAGAGAGUACCACUGGCUACCUCCACAGAUUCCAGAUAUACACAGGGAGAGAAGAAGGAGUGCAGGGGAAAGGGCUCUCCCACAGAGUAGUUCAUGAACUCACAAACCAUCUUAGGUUUUCUAAUGUACGUGUUUUCAUGGACAACUUCUACUCAAGUCCCGACUUGUUUACUUCACUAUUGAAUGUUGGAAUUUAUGCAUGUGGGACGGUACGUUCAAAUCGGAAAGGUCUGCCUCCACAACUCCUCCCCAAGAUUGUCAAACUUCCCAAGCACGAGUUCAAAGUGGCCCAGAAGGAUGAUGUUAUGGCUUGCUGCUGGCAGGACACCAAGCCAGUGAUGGUGCUCUCUUCAUUCCAUGAUCCAGAUGCUGUUGGGACCGUCAAUCGAAGAUCGGGGAAUUCACAACAGCAGCGUGUGCGGGUUCCAAAGGCCAUCGAGGACUACCAGCGACACAUGAAAGGGGUGGAUCUGUUUGAUCAGAUGGUGGGAUACUACAUGCCCAACCAUCGAUCACGGAAGUGGUGGCGGCGUCUGUUUCACCACAUGCAGAUGUCUGCUGCACAUAACGCCUACAUCAUUGCACGUGAUAGCAAUCCUGAAGUCAUUCAGCGGGAAUGGCCUCAGUUCCAGGAUUUCGUGGAAGACCUUGCCGAGGACUUGAUAGGAAAUUAUAAGGCUUCUCGUGCAGCCCCAUUGACGAACAUUGAAAACUUGCCACCUGUUCCACGGGAGCAACAUGAAAUAAAAUCAAAACUGUUUGAAAAGAAAAAGUCCUGCAUGGAAUGUCGCUCAAGGGCAGCCGUCGGUGUCCGCGUGCGAGCUACACAGAGCGGAUGCUCAACAUGUAAUCAGUGUUCGAAAUUCGCGGUAGCCCGAUAG